AUGUCCUUGAAGGCAGCAGUGCUUGUUGGUGGUGCACAAAAGGGUAUGUUGCUCGCGGGGACUCGAUUUCGUCCACUUUCUUUACAACUUCCCAAGCCGUUAUUUCCGAUUGCUGGCGUGCCCCUUAUUGAGCAUCAUAUCGAACAACUAUCAAAGCUGAAUAAUUUGACCGAAAUUUUUCUCAUUGGUUUCUAUCCAUCCGAUCAAUUCGCAGAUUUCACAAAUCGGUGUGAAAAACAAUAUGCUAUCAAGAUCAGAUACUUGGAAGAGCCGGAAGCGUUGGGCACUGCCGGAGGGCUUAAUCAUUUUCGAGAUGUUAUUCUGAAUGGUGAUCCGAGUGGUAUUUUUGUGCUAAAUGCAGAUGUGUGUGGUGAUUUGCCAAUCUUGGAGAUGGUUGACAAGUUGAAUGCAACACCUGAAGCGCAUUGCCUCCUACUCACUACAGAAGCCACGCGUGAUCAGUCUGUCAAUUUUGGUUCUGUUGUGAUUGAUCCUACAGGAAAGGUGUUGCAUUAUGUGGACAAACCAACGACAUUUGUGUCACAGCACAUCUCUUGUGGUGUUUAUCUUUUACGUGGACAAGUAAUCGACGAGAUUGCGAAAGCUCAAGCUUGUUCAGAAUCAAGUCAGGUAUGGUUCGAGACAGAAAUAUUCCCCCAAAUGGCUGCCGAGGGAAUAUUAUUUGCAUUGCACACCACACGAUGGUGGAGUCAGACAAAAACUGCUGCUGCAGUGUUGUAUGCGAAUCGUCAUUAUUUGCGUUUAUAUCGCUGUAGUGGUUCACCACGAUUGUGCAGAAAUGGAGCUCUUAUCAUUGGCGAUGUUUUUAUCGAUCCAACUGCCGAGGUGGAUCCAAGUGCGAAGAUAGGUCCAAACGUGAGUAUAGGUGCAAAAGCACGAAUUGGUGCAGGUGUACGUGUUCGUGAAACUAUUGUAUUGGGUGAAGCAGUAAUAAAUGAACAUGCAUGCGUAUUACAUUCAGUUAUUGGUUGGCGUAGUGUGGUUGGUGCAUGGGCAAGAGUUGAAGGCACACCAAUUUCACCCAAUCCGAAUAUUCCAUUCGCUAAACUUGACAAUAAACCUCUCUUUAAUGUCGACGGCCGUCUUAAUCCUUCUCUGACUAUCCUUGGCUCAGAUGUUCAUGUACCUCCCGAAACAGUCAUCCUCAACUCGAUCGUUUUACCAUAUAAGGAGCUCAGUGCUAGUUACAAAAAUCAGAUAAUUCUGUAA